CGUUAAUCCAAUAUGGCGGCCGUGCCAACGAAAAUACAGUAUGCUGUUUUCUUUUUCUUUCUUGUUGCGUAGAUGAUUUAGAAAACUAUUUGCUCAACCGGUAACGCAGAAUGCAAGCUAAUGAAGCWAGGUUCCUAAAAAGGAGAGUCAAAGGCGGAUCUGUUGAUGUUCACCCGACGGAAAAUGCAAUUGUGGUUAAUUAUGAAGUUGAAGCACUCAUUCUUGGCGAGAUGGGAGAACCGAUGGUCGGCGAAAGGAAGGAAUGCCAAAAAGUGAUUCGGCUCAAGAGUCUGAAUGAUACCACAAACAUUGGUGCUCUGGCAAAAGAGAUAAUUGAAAAAUGUAAACUUAUUCACCCAACCAAGUUACCUGAAGUUGAACAGCUUUUGUAUUAUCUACAGAACAGAAAAAAUAGUGCUAAAAAUAAAGAGAGAAAGUCAGAACAAAAAACAUUACAGGAAGCAGCAGCAGUAGACUUUGAAGACACUGAGAUUGAUGAGGUGGCCAAUAUCAAUGACAUUGAUGACUACAUUGAGCUUCUCUAUGAAGACAUUCCAGAAAAAAUCCGAGGCACUKCACUGAUAUUACAGAUAUCGAGAAAUCCAGACAAUCUUGAGGAAAUUGCUCAAAAUGAGACUGUGCUUGGAGCAUUGUCCAGAGUUUUGCGUGAAGACUGGAAGAAGAGCACAGAACUAACCACCAACAUUGUUUAUGUUUUCUUCUGCUUCUCGAGUUUUUCUCAAUUCCAUUCAAUAAUCAUACACUACAAAGUGGGGGCAAUGUGUAUGCAGAUUAUGGAAAGUGAAAUUGCUCGUUAUUCCUCUUGGACAGAAGAACUGGACAAGAAGAAAACAAGUAAUAACAGAAAAGAUUAUGAAAAAAGCUACAAAAAGUUUCUGGGUCUUGUUAAAAAGCAGGAGCAGCUUCUGAGAGUUAUCAUUUAUUUGCUGCUGAAUUUGGCAGAAGAUGCAAAAGUAGAGAUGAAAAUGAAAAAUAAGAACAUAGUCACCAUGCUGGUCAAGCUACUGGAAAGAGAAAAUACUGAUCUCCUGAUCAUGGUUGUCUCAUUCCUUAAAAAACUUAGUAUUUUUACUGAAAACAAAGAUGAAAUGGCUCAGUCCAACAUCAUCGAAAGAAUCAAUAAUUUGAUACCAAAUGCGAAUGAGGAUCUGCUGAAUAUCACGUUACGAUUGUUGCUGAAUCUUUCAUUUGAUUCAGGUCUAAGAGACAAAGCUGUUAAAGUAGGGCUGGUCCCCAAACUAGCUCACCUUAUAACCAAUGAUAUUCACAGUGUGGUGGUUUUGUGUAUCUUGUAUCAUAUCAGCAUGGAUGAUAGAUUUAAAUCUAUCUUUACCUAUACAGACUGCAUACCUACGGUGAUGAAAAUGAUGCUGGAGAGUCCUGGAGAAAACAUUGAACUUGAACUCAUUUCGUUGUGCAUUAAUCUUGCUGCGAAUAAAAGGAAUGCCCAGUUGAUCUGUGAGGGCCCAGGGCUCAAGCUACUCCUAAAAAGAGCUUUUAAAUUCCAAGAUGCACUUCUUCUGAAGAUGAUAAGAAAUAUUUCUCAACAUGAUGGCUCAACAAAAGAACAAUUUAUCGACUUCAUCGGCGAUUUGGCUAAUGCAGUUUUGAAAUGUCAAGAUGAGGAGUUCGUGGUAGAGGCCUUAGGCAUUUUAGGGAAUCUGACGAUACAUAACUUAGAAUUCCAGCAACUACUGAUAGAUUACGGAAUGUUGGCAUUCAUUAAAAGCAAGCUACAACCAGGUGCUGCUGAAGAUGACAUCAUCCUAGAAACGAUUAUUUUGAUUGGUACUGUCUCUAUGGAUGAUGAAUGUGCUGCUAUUCUCGCUAAGGAAGGAAUUAUACAGACAUUAAUUGAACUGCUUAACGCUAAACAAGAGGAUGACGAGGUGGUUUUACAGAUCGUCUACGUCUUCUAUCAGAUGAUCUUUCAUAAAGCUACUCGUGACGUCAUUAUCAAAGAAACUCAGGCUCCUGCUUACCUUAUCGACCUGAUGCAUGACAAAAACACAGAGAUACGUAAAGUUUGUGAUCAAACUCUGGAUAUUAUCAUGGAAUACGACGAGGACUGGGCCAAGAAGAUUCAAGCUGAAAAGUUUCGAUGGCACAACUCUCAGUGGUUAGAGAUGAUAGAGAAUCGUGCGCAGAUGGAUGAUGACGAAGGGUUCAUGUACGGCGGUGAUGAAGCUCCUUAUCUUGAUGGUGAUCUUCUAGAUAGACAAGAGCUGUUUUACGGUCACCCAGGCUAUGAUGACCCAGUCACGCUCAUGUCCCGUGAAGGGGCAGUCAGUCCUGAUUUCAUCGGUGGAGAACAAGGAGAAUACCUAAUGUAUGAAGAUCAAAGAUAUGAAGGAACCAAUGGCCCCCCUGUCAGUCCAUAUCCAGAUAGACGAAUGAUGAACCCUUACGUGCAAGUACAGUACCCAGGUCAAGAAUAUCCUAAUAAUGGCUACCCAGGGCAAGAUGAGGGAAUUGAAGACUGGGGAAGACUAAUAGGAGAACAAUCAUCCGAUGAAUAUAACCCAAUGCAAGACCAGAUGGUCAGGCCUGGCAGUCGGUAUGGUGGGCGUCCUGUGUCACCUCGCUAUGCAGGGGAUCCAUAUGAAGCAGAAGAGACAGACAUGUAUGGUAGACCGGUUUCAAGAGGACCUCGAGGUGGUUAUGGCUAUAGAUAACAACGCUUCACUACAGGACAAGUACUUUGCUAGGAGAAAGCAUAAAACAAUAAAUCACUCUUGAUCCUAGAGUCUUGUCAUUCUUACUGCACAUCUACGGCGAAAUUGCAUUUUUUGGAGCAUGCGUAUUAAGAGUGACAUGGCUCAAGCUCGAGAUUGACAUGAGAUAAGAACAGUUUAGUGUCUUAAUAGGCCCUUUGCAGUUAACGGUCACGAGUCUGUACUGGACUGCAAAAUUUUUGUUUUUAUAUUAAAUUGGUGAUUCUUUUUAGUACUUGUAAAGA